AUGAAUGGAGAAGAAGUUCCCACGGGAAGUGAGGAUGUCGAUUAUUUUUUCUUGGGUAGUAUCACAGAAAAGCCUUCAUUGCCAUGGCGAACUUCGGUACUUAUCAAUGGCGUAUCUACAGAAUUUAAAGUAGAAACUGGUGCGGACGUCACAGUGACAUCAUCUAGUUCUUGCAGAGAAAAAAAAAAAAACGCUCCAGUUAACACAAACAUUGUGGUCGAUUUGCCUGCAGAUAUCUUUCAUUCAAACCCUUGUCCAAGCCAGAAUUUUCCUUCAAGUGAAAAGGAGACAGAGGAAAAUAAUGGAGAAGGAAGUGCAGAAUAUGAAGAGACAGAGGAAGGCAACGAAGAAGGAAGCGAAGAAGGGAGUGAAGAAGACAACGAAGACAACGCAGAGAACAAGGCACUGAGACCUCAGCAGUCUAUAACACUAAGAGGCAGGCCUAGGGACAAAACCUCUAAUGCAUGUAUGACACGAUCUAGAGAGACUACUGCGCGUUUUGGUCGUGUUAGUAGACCUCCGCGGUGUGGCUGUGGAGAUGACCCUGUUGGUUGUCAACACACAAAACUGUUUGCACUAGAAGUGUCCGAAAUACAACAAAGAUAA